AUGACUGCUGGAGAAGAGCCUGGGGGUGGGGACCAUCCUUCUCCUCCUCGCGCCGCCUCUCCGACACCAACGCCCUCGACCUCCUCUCACCGUCCUCGGCCGCCUCCUCCCUCCCACUCCACAACCUCCACCCGUCCCCGCCCGCCUCCGUCCCGGCACACCUCCUCUCACCACUCUCAAAUCCACCGCCUCCCGCCCUCACUCGAACACUUCCUCUCCCUCUACCCACACCCAGCAUUCGCUCUCCGCGCUUCAGCGCUGUACGACGCGCUCGUCUCUCGCCGGAACCCGUACGCUCCGCAACCGACUUUCUUGGCGGGCGGGAACGAGGCGAGUAGUAUUCCUGGGUAUGGGGUUGAGGCGACCUCUGGAACUGGUUUGGGAAAGGAGGGGGAGGAGGGGGAGAGGAGGAAGAAGGGGAGCAAGUUGACUGCGCGGGAACAGUACGAAGGCGGUGUCGAGGACGAGAGCGAUGGGAGCGGGGCCGAGGCAGAGUUGGCGCGCGCGAUGGCCGCUACGACGCUCGUUGACGGCGGAGCGACGAGUCCUACUGCGGUGCCGGGCGACGAGAAGGAACUCGCGGCCGGCUCAGCGUCGGACGGAUCGUCCAUCUCGGCAGCCGCCUUCUCAUCCGCCGCCGCCUCUGCAUCCCUCGCGCCCCCCUCCUCCGCACGCUCGACACCCUCUUCCGCCUCCGCCUCCGCGUCAGCCAGUACCGACUCCUCCACCGCCCCUGCCCGCGCCUCUUCCUCAACCGGCACCGGCACAAGUACCCGUCAAACAGGCGGCACAGGCAGCGCAGGAUCCGCAACCCCAUCCGGCGUCGCAUCCCGUCGCUCCGCAGACGCAGGAUCCAACCUGCGCGCGCACGCUCGAGCCGAACGCAUCCUCGCCGAGACGUUCGACGCAUCACCUUCUUCUUCGUCAAAGGAUUCGCACUCGAGCGGCGGGAGGAAAGGGUUGGUCGCGAGUGAGUUGUUGGAAGGUGGUGCGCAGAAGAGUCAUGAUCCGUCUCGGACGGCUGAGGGGGCUGUCAAAGCGAUGUAUGAGCAGCGCGCGCAGCGCGAACGGGAUGAGAAGGAGCGUGAGGAGCGCGUGGCGGAGAGGGAGGAGGCGCUGGAGGAUGAGAGGAGGGAGAGGGAGAAGAGGGAGUUUGAGGGGGGCGAGAGGUGGAGUUGGAGGAGGGAGAUUGAGGAUGGGAGGACGGCGGCGGCCGAGGGGAGUGUAGCCGGGACGCAGGCGGGUUCGAGUGGUGGUGCGGCGAGUACGGGAGCUGGGUCAGGAGGGAAGUCGACGAGUGGGUCGGGAGCGGGUGCCGGUCACGGAGCAGCGCCGGGCGCAGAGUCGUCGUCGAAUCGAGGCAAGGGUCUCGCGCUGAGGGACCUCCUCACGCCCGUCUGGCGCAACGGCAAGUGGAAGGAGAUGAUGGCGAUCCGCGAGGACGCCAAGACGCAGCGCUCGUCCGCUCGGAUGCAGACCUCGGCACACGAAGCGGGCGGCGCCGGCGCUCCUCCGUUCGACAAGUCGACUUCGCAUGGACCUGCGCCGAACGACCGCGAUUCGGUCCAGGGCGACGAGGAGGAGAUUGAGCUGAUUGCGCUCCUGUCCCGCGCGGACGCGCAGGAGUGUCUCGCGAUGCUUGCCAACGUCGUCGAGCCGCUCGAUCCGUCGGCAAGGUCCGAGGAGCGCAGACAGCGCGAAGUCCCGCUCGCCCAGCUCAACCACACCGUCCUCCUCGAACUCAACUUUCCCGAAUCGAGUAUCUACCGCCACCCGCCCGGCUCCAAGUUCUUUCACCGCCACUCGAACAGCGACGUGCAGCACCAGUCGAGGGCCGAGUCGACGCCUACGCAGGGCGUGCCUUCGGUCUACCAGUCGAUGCAGCGACGACAAACUUCUUCCGAGCAGCGCAGCGCGACGCAUGCGCCUGGGACUCCUCCGGCCGUCCCGAUCCUCCCGCGAAACCCGCCUACCGAUCGUACCAUGCCUGUCUACUCCCAGACGAACGCCUACCAGACACCGCUCGCGGGCUCGUCGUCCGACGGUCCGUCGCGGGGACCAGUCUCGUCCUCGACAGGCGUUGGACUCGGCAUUCCCGGCUCGAAUCGCACGUCCGUCUCGACAAACGCCUCGACCUCGCCUUCUCCCGGACCGAACGCGCCCCCCUCGAACCAGAACCCGGCAGUUCCGCCAGCACACCACGGCGUCCAGCAAGAAACGAACCUCCUCCGUCCGUUCCUCCAGCUCGUCGCGACGCUGCACGAAGAGUCGGACCUGGUCAUUGUGACGAGUAUUCUGGCGAACAUGCCUCUGCCCGUGUCGGUCACGGGGUCGCCGGGUCAGAAGGAGCGGGAGCAGGAAGAGGAGAGGAAGAGGGACAAGGCGGUGAGGCGCGAAGAGAGGAAGGUUGCGAGGGAGGCGAAGCGGGAGGAGCGGGAGAAGGCGGAGGCAGAUUCGCGUGAGGCGGAGCAGGACAAGAAGAAGGAGGAGCCGAGCGCCAAGGUUGACCGGGUCUCGCCCCUGCCGCUCCCGAGGGGGAUGGUCGACGGAGUCGACGGCGGCGAGAACGGUGCCGGCUCGAACUCGACAUCGGCUUCGAGCUCGCCUCGUCAGUCGUCGAGCAACAAGUCGACGCCGUCGACGUCGUCCGCGCCCUUCCCGCAAGGGUACAAGCCGUCGCGACCUCCACUCGCGCAGCGAGGCACGUCGUACUCGAGUCUGUCGGGUGCCUCGUCGUCCGGCUCGACCGUCAUCGGCACAGCUCUCAACGCUCCACCCAUCCCUCGACCCGCCUCGCCUCGCUCUUCGACAGACCCCUCGCCUCCGCGCAACCCGGAUCAGCCACUCCCUCCCGCCUCUGCCGAACCGACGUACCACAGUCGUGGCUUGUCGGCUCCGCUCCAGACGCCCGCCAUCUCGGACGAGCUGAAGGAGCUGUGGGCCGAUAUGGACCGCAGCGGGACGUUCAAGAACGAGCCUCCCGUCGGUUUCGUCGAGGAGAAGGAGAGUCGCGCCGCGAUUCGACGACGAGGAGUUGGACCGUUCUCCGUCUCGAGUCAGCGCGACUACGACAACGAGGUGCGAGAACGGAAGUGGCAGCGGAGGGAGAAGAAGCGCGAGCGGGAACGGCAGCGGGAGAAGGACGAGCGCGAUGCGGGUCGAGGGGAAGGCUUGAGCGAGCUUGCCGAGCUCGAUGAGCCGAUUGAGCACGAGGACGAGGAUGGGAAGGCGCUCAAGCGCGAGCGGGAACGCGACCGCGAAGAGGGACCGGAGGACGAGGACGGCGUCCGUCGCCUUGACGAGGAGUCGGAGGAUUCGGAGGACGCCGAGGAUGGGGAGGAUAGCGAGGAUGGCGAGGACCACAACGAUCUCGACCGCCUGCGACGGCAGACCCGGACAGGCUCGACAAGCUCGGCAGGUUCGGCGCACGAGCGAGAAGAGGCGCGACACGCGGCACGGGCGGAUCAGCCAACGACGCCGCAGGAGAUUGGGCCGUCUCGGUCCAUCUCGCAGCAGCGCCUUCGGUCCGAAGACGCAGGAUCCGCUACGGGCUCGCAAACGUCGAGCGUUUCGUCCGCCUCCUCUCGCGCCUCUCGAGUGUCGACCAGCGUUCACCCGCCCCGGCUCGCAGGCGACGCGGGCCUUGUCGUUCACGAGCUUCCUUCGGCCGCGGACGUCUCAGGCCGCACGAGCCAUACCUUCGACGACCCCUUCCUCAACACCAUCGCCCAGACACCCUGCGGCCGCCUCAUCAUCUCGGUCGACUGGUCGCGAACGUCUCUCGGUGCCAUCACGACUUGGGGCGCCGAAGUUCGCUCGCACAUCAUGUCGAUGCUUGCGUCGCCGUUCCACACGGCGAUCUGGCUCGGCGAAGACAGCGUCCUCCUGUACAACGACGCCUACUCGCGCAUCCUCGGACCGAGCAAGCAUCCGGCUGCGAUGGGCAAGAUGGGCGCCGAAGGCUGGCAAGAGAUCUGGGAGACGCUUGGCCCGCUCGCGGCGCAGGUCAUGCUCGGCAAGACGAUGAGCUUCUCCGACCACUGCAACUGCAUCUACCGCAACGGCAUGCUCGAGGAGACGUACAUGACCUGGGCGUUCAUGCCGGUACGAGCCUCAGAUGCCUCGAUCAUCGGUUACACGAACCCCUCGUUUGAGACAACGGCUCGAGUUAUCGCCGAGCGACGCUUGGGCACCCUUCGCGAGCUCUCGCAGCUCACUCAGCUUGCCAGGACGACCAAGGAUUUCUGUACAAAGGCGCUACGCGGGAUCGCCAGCAACCCGCUCGACCUCCCCUUUGCGAUACUCUACUCGUGCGAGACGACGAACAUGACUCCCGGGCGUCGCACGAAGGGCAGCGCCUCGACCGAGUCGAGCGGUCUCAAGCAGUCGUCGCAGCCGGGCGAGCUUGCACAGACGUCCACCGGCAUGGACGGGUCCUCCACCGUCGCCCGCGUCCACCUCAUUCUGCAGGGUGCAGUCGGAGUUCCGAAGGGCCACCCGUCUGCUCCCGCCGAAGUCGACGUCCUGAUCGACACGCAGAUCAGCCAGGACAGCAAAGCCGGCAAGUCGAACGCCUCCUCCGCGUCGACCAACUCGACGAACGAGGACAACUCGACUUCGACCGUCUGGCCGUUCGUCGAGGUGCUGCAGUCGCAUCAGCCCAUCUUCAUCAGCGAGCUCGGCCAGCGAUCGCAGGGCUUCGAACGCCGCGGCUGGCCGGACGACGUUCACCGCGCCGUGGUCAUCCCGAUCCGCGUUGAGGGCGCGGCGGUGCCCAAGGCGAUCCUCGUCGUUGGACUAAACCCUCGGCGACCGUGGAACUCGGUUUACGCCGUCUUCCUCAAUCUCAUCACUCGCACGCUAUCGACCGGCCUGCUCGGCAUCGAGGUUGCGGAAGAACAGGCCCGCAAGAGCCAGGAACUCGUCGAGCUAAACGACGCGCGACAAGCGUUCUUUUCGAACGUCUCGCACGAGCUCCGCACGCCGCUCACCCUCAUCCUCGGUCCACUCGAAGAUGUCCUGCACUCCAAGGCGACGAAGCUCGACGUCGACGACCGCGAGAAGCUCAAUGUCGUCCUCCGCAACGCUCACCGCCUGCUCAACAUGGUCAACACGCUCCUGGACUUCAGCCGGCUUGAGAGCGGCAAGAUGAACACCAAGUACCGCCCGACGCUUCUCGGGCCCCGAGUCGUCGAAUUGUCGAACCUGUUCCGAGCGGCGAUCGAGCGGGGCGGUAUCGAGUUCAGCAUCGACUGGACGUCGGACAAGUACGCGGAGUCGAACCCGUUCUACCUCUCGGACGAGAUGCUCGACAAAAUCAUCCUCAACUUGUUGGGCAACAGCUUCAAGUAUUGCUUGGCCGGAUGGAUUAAGGUCAAGGUCCGCUUCACGUCGAGCGAGGGCUUGAUCUCGAUCUCGGACUCGGGCGUCGGCAUCAAGGAGGAGGACUUGGAGACGAUCUUUGAGCGGUUCGCCCGCAUCGACUCGAGUGCCCGUUCGUUCGAAGGCACCGGCAUCGGCUUGUCGCUCGUCCUCGAACUCGUCAAGGCACUCGGCGGCAAAAUCGACGUCGAGUCGAAGUUUGGAUCAGGUUCGACUUUUACAGUCCGGCUACCCCGCGGCUAUGCGCACCUGCCGCAAGAAGCCGUCGACCACGAGCCUUACGAGUCGAUGACUCUUCCUCCUCGAGCUGCCCAGAGUCUCGCCAUCAUCAACGACGCGGCCGCCUGGCGCACUGUCCCGAAAGACGGGCGCAGGCCAGACGGCGGCGCUGAAGGCGACUCGGACGGUGGCGCCGCGGAACGUCCCGCGGACUCGGCGAAAUCCGUCUCCCCGACUCGUCGCGCCUCUGACCCAGAACCGGUCCCCAGCGUCUUCAACCUGGAGAAGCAAUCGACAGUCUGCUUGGUGGUCGACGACAACGCUCAGCUGCGCGCUUUCAUCAGCAAUACCCUUUCGAAGAUGUUCACGGUCGUCGAGGCGGCGAACGGUCGGGAGGCGCUCGACUACGCACUCAACCACCCCGUCUCGAUUGUCGUUACCGACCUUGCGAUGCCCGUCAUGGGUGGUCGCGAGCUACUCGCCGCCCUUCGGAAAGACCCGAAGACGUCCCUUGUCCCGAUCAUCUUCCUCUCCGCCCAGGCCGGCUCAGAGGCACGCGUCGACGCUCUGCUCCUCGGCGCAGACGACUACAUCGUCAAGCCGUUCCAAGCGCGGGAGCUUAUGGCUCGUGUCAAUGUCCACCUCCAGCUCGGUCAGAUGCGCAAGGAGCUCGAACGACGGGUCACGGAACGCACAGCAGCUCUGCUCGAAAGCGAGAAGAAGCUGAAGGAGCUGGCCGACCAGCACCAGACGCUCGCCCUCGUCUCGCCCGUCGGCAUCUUCCAAACCGACCGCGAAGGCAACAUGGUCUUCGUCAACCCACAGUUCUAUGUCAUCUCGGGACAUCCCGAAGGCGUUCCUCACACCGAAUGGCCGAACGACAUCUGGCCUGAUGACCGGCCCAAGGUCGAGAAGCUCUGGUCCGAUGCCAUCUCGAAUUGGGCGCCCGACAAGCAUGCAUCGUUCGAGUACCGGUACAGGAAGGGCAAUUGGGCGCAGCUCGAGAUCCGCUCGUUUGAGAAGGGCUACAUCGGCUCGAUUACCGACAUCACCCAUCAGAAGGAAGUCGAGGCGUUCCACGUCAGCGAGGUUGAGCAACGAGCGCGCGACGCGGAGGAGAAUCGCAGGAACACGGAGAUGUUCCUCGACAUGUCCUCGCACGAGCUCCGGAACCCGCUCAGCGGUGUCUGGCAGAACGCCGAGGUCGUGGCGGUCUCGCUCGAGAAGAUCACGCAGUGGCUCGACGACCUGCGACACGGCGGCAAGACUCUCGACCCGCCGACGCUCGAAGAGAUGCACGAGGAGAUGCUGGAGAACCUCGACGCCAUCGAGAGCAUCCAGAUCUGCGCAAGCCACCAAACCCGCAUCGCCGACGACAUACUCAACGUCUCGAAGCUCAACAUGGGCUUGCUGACAAUCAACGUUGCGCCCUUCGAUCUCGUUGCGGCGGUCGGCGAAGUUGUCAAGACGUUCGAGGUCACCUCGCAUCAGCAGCACAUCCAGCUCAGCGUUCAGCGCGGCGAAUCGCUCGACAAGCUCAAGGUCGACUGGAUCGUCGCCGACUCGGGCCGCAUCAAGCAGAUCCUGUACAACUUCCUCACGAACGCCCUCAAGUAUACCGCCGACUCGCAGCGCAAGGCCGUCACCGUCCACCUCGAUGCGUUCGAGACCGCGCCCCCGACUCCUUCAAACGCAAUGCGGAUCGCUUCGACGGACCAGUCUCUCGAACCGCCGCCCGACUGCGUGUGGUGCAUCGUCGGCGUCGAGGACUCGGGCAAGGGCUUGACGUCUGAGCAGCUGAAGCUGCUCUUUUCGCGCUUCAAGCAGGCGAAUCCGAAGACGGACCAGUACGGCGGAUCGGGCCUUGGUCUCUACGUUUCGAAGAAGCUUGUCGAGCUGCACCGCGGCUUCAUCGAGGUCGCCUCGGAGCCCGGCAAAGGUUCGACCUUCCGCUUCGCCAUUCCUGCCUCUCGUGCCCCUCGUCCUGCCUCCUCCUCAGUCUCGCCGCAGCCUCACGGCCUCGCACUCGGUCCGAAGCGUCUCAAGCGGCCAACGAGCUCGAGCGGCCGCGCCCCGACCGCGGCGAUGCAAGCUCUCGCUUCGGCCAGCGCGACUUCGCCGAGUCCUACGUCUUCGACCGGCUCGCACCCACUGAGGGUUCUCGUCGCCGAAGAUAACCUUAUCAACCAGAAGGUGCUCUUCCGCCAGCUGAAAAACGCUGGGUACGACGUCACGCUCGCGAGCAACGGCAACGAGGCGCUCAAGCACCUCGAGGAGGACAUUGCGAAGCCACCCGCCGCUCAAUUCGAGGUCCUCCUACUCGACAUCGAGAUGCCCGAGAAGCGCGGCGACGAGGCGGCGCAGAUCCUGCGGCAGUGGGAGAAGGACGGCAAGACGUCGCGCCGCUACCCGAUCGUCGCCCUCACCGCCAAUGCUCGUGUCGCUCUUACCGAUUCUUACCUUGCCGCCGGAUUCGACGACGUCAUUACCAAACCUUACCAGCUCCAGGAUCUCUUGACUCGCAUCCGCAACCUCGUCAGCCCUACACGACUGCACCAAACGGCGUCGACCUAG